UGAAAUCGUGUCGGUAAUGUCGGAGAAACUGGCGUCAGUCAAACCCCCCGAACUGAGCCUCUACUUUGGUCUAUCCUCUUUGCUCUAAUAUAUGUAAUAGACGAAAAAUGACUGCGGUAUUUUUUGGCAAAUCGCGUCCGUCCUAAAGAAGGAGACUCAUCAAAUAUGUGGGCCUCUAAUAUUAAGGUUACCCUCGGAUUACAUCCAUAGGAUGGUACAUGUAUAGGAUAAUCAUAUGAAUAACAUAUACUAAACCCAACUAGUGACUACCUUUCGGAUAUCUUCGGAUGCUAUUGUGCGACACCAUCGAGCUCAGGCAUGUGGAACCGAUUCCCGGACGAAACACACUCUUGCUGGGGUAACUUUACCUGUGAGGGUUAAAUGGACAAAUCCAAUGAAUUAUCUCCCGUGAAUUUGAGGGAAAUAAUGGUUGUACAUAUCAACAAUUGUUGAUUCAUCACGGAGAUGCAGUUUCGUGGAGCUGAUUGUGCAUCAUACAAGAUAAACGGAGUAAAACCUGCGUUAAUAUGGUGAUGGCGGAAAGUGAACGAGCUUCAGGGCCUCUGGCCACUUCUGGACUCGAUCCAACCACUUCACCAGCAUCUAGACUCCAAUGGCUCAAACAGCGACGCGAAGCUCUUCAGGAGAAACUUGCACGUAAAAACAAUGAACUGAAAAAAUUGUGUAUCAGUGAGGCUGAGUUGACAGGAGUUUUGCCUCCUGAGAUACCAUUGGAUCCUGGGGAGAGUCCUCCAAUUUUUAGAAAACGCGUGGGAACAACGUUCACCUAUCCUCAGAAUCUUAUCAACAAAUUGAAGACCAAUCAAGUGGAAGAAUCAGCGUUGGAACUUGAACGCCAAGUACAAGCAGGCAUUGCAACAGCAGCAUAUGCAAUCGUGAACGAUCUCUCUGAAAGCAAAGCAGUGCGUCGAAAGCACCGUUUGAUCUACCAGCAAAGUCAGAAAAGACUGAAAGACCUAGAAACUCGUCUGAAUUUUCUUCGUCAAGGAUACGGUCAGUUAUCUCGAUCAAGUGCUCCAGUACCCGACUCCUGGCUCCUAUCUCCCGGCGAAGACGAAGUUGACCAAGAAGGCUCAACAAAACAUCACAAGACAAAAAAACCCCGGCCUCCCCUAGAGGCUACCGACAGAGAGGAGCCAAAAAUCAACGACAAAAAAUGGCAAGAGACUGAAAUAACGACAACAACAGGUGCUACCCAGAUAAACGACUGGCAUCGUAGUAGAUCGCGUUACAUCAAGCCAGAUUGGCACUCCGGGACUCUCCCAGCUCUCAACACAGUCGACCAGAAUGAAAAUCUAGACGUCUACUUGUACAACGAGCAACACAGAAUUCGAACGUAUUCUCAUGGCAAUUGGGAGGAAUCGUCAGGUAUACCCCUUCGUAAUAUGAAGCCUAAUCAAAUUGACGAGCGUUGCUCUCGAAAAAUUUCUGAUAUGUAUGCGCUGGACGCUGAGACACGACAGAAUGAUCAUUGGCAGCAGAAGAAAUUAAUUGACCAUAAAUACAAUUCCUCCAUGUACAAUCCUAAUCAACGACAUCACAUCGAUUCUCUACAGUACAAACCGCAGCAGCAACACCAGCAAUUCAAGAGUAAAUCACAACAGAGUUUUUAUCACGAACAAGUGUCAUCGAGGGAGAAAACAUCGCCCGAUGUUGGUAGCAUUCAGAGCCUUCCACAGUAUCGUUACCCACCUCGACCCAAUCACUUAAAUCACAACGUCACUCCCCAUCCGCUGAUCGAAAACCAAAGACAGCCAGACCACGAAUUCAUACAAUCUCGAAAAAAUCCCUCUGAAACAAUGACACGAAGGAAUAGAGGGAGAAAGUCCAGUGAGAGCUCUACUUGGUGUGUGGAGGAGGGUGUCUGGUACACUCCAUCAGUCGACAACUACCAGCACAAGGAUAAUUUUGGUAGUUUAGACCGCAGGAAACACACGACAAUAAUGAGAGAACCGGCAAUCACGAGGGAACAUCAUCUGACCAGUCAACAUCGUCUGGAACAACUUCCCCCACCUCCACCUCCACCCCUUCCUCCGCCACCACAUGCCAGGAUGCUACUGCGAACUCAAUCAUUGGGGAGUGUUGAGACCUGGCAGUCGGGAGCUUCUGCAUUACCAGGUACUGGCACGAUGACUAGGGGUCCAGGAGAGGUAGAGAGGCAUCAGAUGGAGAAGCACCACGAGAAGGAAAAGGAGUGGUACGAAACGUCAAUGGAUCUUGGGUAUCAGCAGGUGGUACCUGUUCAACGACAUUUCCCAAGAUCUUCUCCUUCUCCAUCCUCCAUUUCGUCGUCUCCAAAAUUAAUACCUUCUACGUCGCCUCUGCCCCCUUCAUCCCCCUGUUUUAAUGAUAUUUCUGUGAAGAUCUCACAGAGCACUGAGAAGGACCUGGAGAUACCUGCCGAAACAGCGAACCACGCGAACAAGUAUCAACCUUACCGAGAGGUGACGAAACCAUUCGAGAUGAGUGACUUUUACAAGUACUCAACAAAAUUUCGGAAAAAAAAUGAAGCUAAUCAGAGACUGGAACAGGGGACUAGUAAUGGCCAUAAAAUUGUUAAUAAUAACAAUGUGAGCUUUGCUAAUAAUAAUACUAUUAAUAUGGAUGACCAUCAUCAAGGUGUACCUUCAGGAUCUUAUGUCCCAAACGUUACGAGAAGGGGUUAUGACAAUCAUAUGAUGGCACGCACAAUCUCAAGGAAAAACGAAGGAAAUCGUGAGUGGACCAAUGCUGAAGACUGCAGAAUAUCGUCAAAAGACUCUGCAGUUGUCUAAGUCUAAACUUGUGGCCUUAAAAAUACAAUUGUAAAUAUGACACAUUAGUUAAGACAUACACGAUAUAUUUUUGGGAUAUCAAGUAUUUUCACAUUUUGUAAUUUGGCUUUUAUUAUUUAUUGAUUGAUCAUCGGAUAGAUCUAAAGCUUUAUUUUCUCAUAGACUCCUUGUCUUUAUAUUUUCAAAUAACAGGAAAUUCAUCUUGCUGUGCAGAUAGUAGGUUGAGUAACAAUGUAGCCUAUAGCAAUUAAUCACUAAUUGUUUGGGGAUGUAAUAAUUCUCCAUCAUACGAUUAAUUUCCUGAUCACAUUUUUUUUUUCUUCAAACUUCCAAUAAUUAUGAUUAUUUUUUAAUUAUCUCAUACACAUGUAUUUUUUUUUCUUUUAUAACAAAAUAUAUUCUAAAACAAAAUUAUG